CACACAGGUUGGAGACUUGGUGCCGUGUUUCAGGAAGGGUUUGUGAGCUGAAUGUUAUCCACAGUUGACAAUACGGGUUCACUCUCAGGGAGACAACAGACCACACUGUCAGCCACUCGCUGAAGAGGGAUCCAGCAGGGUUUGUUUAAAAGAAGCAGUGAAAGAGGACCCUGUGAAUCCCAUCGGCAGUCUAACCCUCCUGGGUUGAGAAACCCUGUGGUCAACCCUAACCCUGAGGUCAACCCUAACCCUGCGAUUACAAGACAAGAUGAGCCUAUCAGGAUGUCAUGAUAAUUGCUGGCACCUCCAAUUCUGACGAAAAGGGUUAUUGUUAAGCUGGAUAAAUAACAGAACAAAACUAUAUUAAACCACUGAUUUAAUGAGCUGAUCUUGCUGGUACUUGAGAAUAUUCGUUUUUUGUGUCUUAUUCCUCACAAUCUCCUCUGUUUUCUUUUUCACAACAAGAAUGGCACUGCUAAAGAAUGCAGCUCUGGUCCUGGCUCUUACGGUGACAUGCUAUGUUUUGGAAACAAGAAAAUUCACUGCCAUUUCAGGGACCAUUUCCCAGGAGAAUUACACUGUAGAAGUAUUGCCCCAUUUUAGGGGGAAAAGAGCAGCCCUGCUAUCAGCAGUCGAGUACACCGUAGAUGUCGAGCUAAACGUCACCGACUUCGCUACUGUUGAAAAACUGAAAGUUUUACUUGGCAACAUGACCUUUUUACUAUCACUGGGUCCCCAAGUUAACGUCACUGACGUUGGCAUUACCACUGUGUGCCUUCCACAGCUGACAGGAUACCAGUGUAGGUGUGAGGACCAGUAUCGCUGGUCAUGUGACAAGUGUGCCACCUACGGACGAUGUUCUAACAUUACAACUGACACGUGCAGCUGCAUCAAUGCCAUUCCUGCAGACGGACAGUUCUGUCAGUCAGUACUUCAACAAAACUUUACAACCUGUCUUACCACAACAGUCAUUCCGAUGAACGCAACAGUUGCCAACACAACAGCAUUCACCAGUCAGAAUAGCACUGCAAACCCGACCACAACACCCAUCCCUCCAGUAUUUUAUUACCUCAUCGACAUUGAGGUGAACACCACCAAUGUUGCAGCGUUGGAACAACUGAGAUCAAUUCUGAGUAGCAACAUUUUCCCCAUCAGCAUCAACAACCUGAUUCAAAUCACAGAUGUCAACAUCUCUACUGUUUGCUACCCAGUCGCUACUGGGUACCAGUGUAGGUGUGAGGACCAGUAUCGCUGGUCAUGUGACAAGUGUGCCACCUACGGACGAUGUUCUAACAUUACAACUGACACGUGCAGCUGCAUCAACGCCAUUCCUGCAGACGGACAGUUCUGUCAGUCAGUACUUCAACAAAACUUUACAACCUGUCCUCCAACAACACUCCCUCCGAUGACAACAACAGUUGCCAACACAACAGCAUUCACCAGUCAGAAUAGCACUGCAAACCCGACCACAACACCCAUCCCUCCAGUAUUUUAUUACCUCAUCGACAUUGAGGUGAACACCACCAAUGUUGCAGCGUUGGAACAACUGAGAUCAAUUCUGAGUAGCAACAUUUUCCCCAUCAGCAUCAACAACCUGAUUCAAAUCACAGAUGUCAACAUCUCUACUGUUUGCUACCCAGUCGCUACUGGGUACCAGUGUAGGUGUGAGGACCAGUAUCGCUGGUCAUGUGACAAGUGUGCCACCUACGGACGAUGUUCUAACAUUACAACUGACACGUGCAGCUGCAUCAACGCCAUUCCUGCAGACGGACAGUUCUGUCAGUCAGUACUUCAACAAAACUUUACAACCUGUCCUCCAACAACACUCCCUCCGAUGACAACAACAGUUGCCAACACAACAGCAUUCACCAGUCAGAAUAGCACUGCAAACCCGACCACAACACCCAUCCCUCCAGUAUUUUAUUACCUCAUCGACAUUGAGGUGAACACCACCAAUGUUGCAGCGUUGGAACAACUGAGAUCAAUUCUGAGUAGCAACAUUUUCCCCAUCAGCAUCAACAACCUGAUUCAAAUCACAGAUGUCAACAUCUCUACUGUUUGCUACCCAGUCGCUACUGGGUACCAGUGUAGGUGUGAGGACCAGUAUCGCUGGUCAUGUGACAAGUGUGCCACCUACGGACGAUGUUCUAACAUUACAACUGACACGUGCAGCUGCAUCAACGCCAUUCCUGCAGACGGACAGUUCUGUCAGUCAGUACUUCAACAAAACUUUACAACCUGUCCUCCAACAACACUCCCUCCGAUGACAACAACAGUCCCUCCAGUAUUUUAUUACCUCAUCGACAUUGAGGUGAACACCACCAAUGUUGCAGCGUUGGAACAACUGAGAUCAAUUCUGAGUAGCAACAUUUUCCCCAUCAGCAUCAACAACCUGAUUCAAAUCACAGAUGUCAACAUCUCUACUGUUUGCUACCCAGUCGCUACUGGGUACCAGUGUAGGUGUGAGGACCAGUAUCGCUGGUCAUGUGACAAGUGUGCCACCUACGGACGAUGUUCUAACAUUACAACUGACACGUGCAGCUGCAUCAACGCCAUUCCUGCAGACGGACAGUUCUGUCAGUCAGUACUUCAACAAAACUUUACAGCAUGUCUACCAACGACAGUUUCUCCAUCUACGAUAAUAACAGAUUUUCCAUCAUCCACUCCUCAAAUCACAAGCUCUACAUCAUUGGCACCAACAACAAAUGCUUCCACAACUGAUUUGACAACCCAACAGAACACUACCCUGACCCCCACAACCCAACAGAACACUACCCUGACCCCCACAACCCAACAGAACACUACCCUGACCCCCACAACCCAAGAGAACACUACCCUGACCCCCACAACCCAACAGAACACUACCCUGACCCCCACAACCCAACAGAACACUACCCUGACCCCCACAACCCAACAGAAUACUACCCUGACCCCCACAACCCAACAGAACACUACCCUGACCCCCACAACCCAACAGACCACUACCCUGACCCCCACAACCCAAGACAACCAUAACCUGACCCCCACCACCCAACAGACCACUACCCUGACCCCCACAACCCAACAGAAUACUACCCUGACCCCCACAACCCAAGAGAACACUACCCUGACCCCCACAACCCAACAGAACACUACCCUGACCCCCACAACCCAACAGAACACUACCCUGACCCCCACAACCCAACAGAACACUACCCUGACCCCCACAACCCAACAGAACACUACCCUGACCCCCACAACCCAACAGAACACUACCCUGACCCCCACAACCCAACAGAACACUACCCUGACCCCCACAACCCAACAGAACACUACCCUGACCCCCACAACCCAACAGAACACUACCCUGACCCCCACAACCCAACAGAACACUACCCUGACCCCCACAACCCAACAGAACACUACCCUGACCCCCACAACCCAACAGACCACUACCCUGACCCCCACAACCCAACAGAAUACUACCCUGACCCCCACAACCCAACAGAACACUACCCUGACCCCCACAACCCAACAGAACACUACCCUGACCCCCCCAACCCAACAGACCACUACCCUGACCCCCACAACCCAACAGAACACUACCCUGACCCCCACCACCCAACAGAACACUACCCUGACCCCCACCACCCAACAGAAUACUACCCUGACCCCCCCAACCCCAGGCACUACCCUGUCCCCCACAACAGGUUCUGUAGGAGUUGUGUGGAACAUGCAGUUCAGUUUGGAUAGGACAUUUACAGAUGAUCUAAAUGACAUUACGAGCUUUGAAUACAAUAUUUUAAAAAACGGGAUUGAACCAAAGCUCCGGCAGCAAUAUGGGAAAACUCCAGGUUUUUUGUCGGCAACUAUAAAGAAAUUCAGGUCGGGAAGCGUGAUUGUGGACUUUGAAGUCGUAACGACUAACACAAACCUUGCUGAUAUCAAAAGUGUUGAAUCAGGGCUCAUAGCAGCACUGGCACCUGUUUUCAUUGUUAGGACUGACUCUUUUAAAACCACUUAUGAAAGCCUUGUUCCCUUACCUUACAGCCCCAACCCCAUGUACCCUGGUCUCACUCUCACGCUCACAUGUGGCCCUCCUCCUGCUUUCAUCGUGACGGGAGACUUGGGAGUUACAUGGAAAGUAAAGGGACAAGAUACAUCUGGCAAUCCAAAUUUCAUCAUCAACAAUCAAAGCAAGACACUGACGGUUAAAAACACUAGUCCUAGUGAUACUGGUCUUUAUGAAUGCACUCUGAAGGGAUCAAGCGUAGACUUCCAUCAGACAGGAAAUGUGAUUGUUAAUGAAGCUCCUAAUGUCCGAGCCCCAACCCAAAUCAACUCCCAGUGUGAGGUGGGGGGAAGCACUCCUCUUGAGUGUUGUGUACAGAAACCGUAUCAAGUCGAGUGGAAAGACCAGAACAGUAAGGUAUCAGUUGUAUUUCAAGACUACUGCGUCACAUGUACUUUCUCUAUGCCUGAUACUUGUGAAAAUACAGAAACAACAAACUUUGUCUGCCAAGUCAAAAAUUCAUCUGGCUAUAGUGUAAAAACAAAACUGACUAUUUUUACAGAAGAUGUAAAUUGUGAAAAUGAUGAGUUCGGUGUUGGACGAAAAGAUGAUGUAUCAGUAAUAAAAUGUGGAUCUGGGGAAAAAGGAUUGAUUCAGGCAGUUUGUGAUGGUGUGAAUUGGGUAGACAGACGGGACACUUGUGUCUUGACUGUGAUUCUCAACCUACAGACCGACUCAGAGUCUUUACAGGAAGAAGGUGUUCCUGAUUUUGUCAAGGAUCUUCAAAAUACUACAGAGGGGAAUCAAAAGAACAUUGAAAGGUCCACUGCUACUAUAUCCAUCCUCGUUACAAUUUUGAAGAAUGUGGCGUCUGUUUCUACUAAUGUCAGUCGCGAUGUUAUGGAGGGUUUUCUUAAAACAGUUAAUGUACUCAUUUCAGUAGGAGCACAGGAUUCCUGGGGUCAGCUAAAUGCAAACACGUCUGGCAACACUGGUAACACUGGCAACACCAGCUCUAUUUUACUGGGGUCCCUAGAAACCAUCACUGGGGCUCUACAAGGGGACCCCUUUGUCUUUAACACAAGCACCAUGAUCCUGACAAGAACAAAGUUUCUUCAAAAUUCCUUCAGCUCAGAACAGAGCUCCAGUGUUGGCUUACAUAUUCCACAGAUUAACUCCAGCAACAACUUCAUUAACACUAUCGCCUUCACCACCCUGAACAACGUCUUGCCUGCCAGAAAUGGCAGAAAUCUGACUGUCAACGGUACCAUUAUCAAUGGAAACGUGCUGCUCGUUAAGUUAAACGGAACCGUCACAAAUGUCUCUCUGAGCUUUGAAAAAUUGAAUAAAUCAUUAGCUAACGUUCAGUGUGUAUUCUGGAGCUUUGAUCUGGAGGGAUGGAAUGAUGAAGGAUGUCAUCUGCAGUCUGACGACAAUGAAACCGUCACCUGUAACUGCAACCAUCUGACUUCUUUCUCCAUCCUAAUGUCACCAUCCAAUGACGGCUUUAGUGAUGAAGAGCAAAAAGUGUUGGACAUCAUCACCUACAUUGGAGUGGGCAUCUCCAUGGGAAGCCUGGUUGUGUGUCUGAUCAUUGAAGCUUGUGUCUGGAAGAGCAUGACCCGGAACAGCACCUCCUACAUGCGCCACGUCUCCAUAGUGAACAUCGCCGUCUCUCUCCUGAUAGCAGACAUCUGGUUCAUCAUCGGAGCUUCCAUUUCAGCCAAUCCAGGGGAAGACAAAUAUGCUGCAUGCAGCGCGGCAACAUUCUUCAUUCACUUUUUCUACCUGUCUCUGUUCUUCUGGAUGCUCAUCUCAGGCCUCCUACUGUUCUACAGGACCAUCAUGGUCUUCUCCCACAUGUCAAAGUCCACCAUGCUGGCCAUUGGCUUCUCUGUAGGCUACGGAGCACCUCUCAUCAUAGCUGUUGUCACGGUGGCAUCCACAGCCCCAAAUGAGACAUACAUAAGGAAUGAUACAGAGAUGGCCUGCUGGCUGAACUGGGACAGUAGCAAGGCUCUCCUGGCGUUUGUGAUCCCAGCCCUGAGUAUAGUGCUCAUCAACUUCUUAAUCCUCAUCGUGGUUCUGUACAAAAUGCUGAGGAGAGGUGUUGGGGACACUGCCCAGCCUGAUGAGAAGAACACAUUAGUGGUCAUCGCCAGAUGUCUGGCCAUUCUCACACCCUUCUUUGGGCUUACCUGGGCACUGGGAGUGGGAACAUUGGUGGACUACAAUAACUUUGGAACACAUGUUGCUUUUGCUUUCUUCAAUUCCUUACAGGGUUUCUUCAUUUUGGUGUUUGGAACACUUUUAGAUAGCAAGAUCCGGGCAGCAAUAACUAGACUGUUCCGAGGAGCCAGUGGAAGCACACAGGGUACCGGGACUCGCAGCACCAGCACUGGGCCAUCCUCCUCCAGUGCCUUGAACAUACUCAGAAGAAUGCGGAGAAGAAAUGUCUACAACGUCUCUGAAGUUGCAAACACCAGCAGCUCCGCCGCUACAGAGUCUUUCAUCAACAUCUGAUGUUAAUUUACUUUAAGAUAAUACAAUAUUAAAUGUAUGUAUUAAAUGUACUCGUUUAAUUUAGAAGCAGUAAUUAGCCCCACAGUAUCAUUGCACUAACAUAAUAUUAUACUUAGCACUUUAAUCAUAUUAUGUUGUGAUUUAAAGCAUUUUUCAAGUAACAUUGUUGUAAAAUCAGUUUAACAAUGUGUGUUAUCAUUUUUUUUAUUUAUUAUUAAGCAAAAUAUUUGGACCAACAGUCUAGAAAGAGCGACUUACAGUAAGUACAGGGACAUUCCCGCGAGGCAAGUAGGGUGAAGUGCCUUGCCCAAGGACACAACGUCAGUUGGCAUGACCGGGAAUCGAACUAGCAUCCUUCGGAUUACUAGCCUGAUUCCCUCACCGCUCAGCCACCUGACUCCCAGUUUGUUAAAUUAAAUAAAUGUAUGUGGCUAAACAAAUAUAUUUGUUCUAUACAGUAUAGUGUCUGUGACUUAUGGUAUUACUGUACGCAUUACUUCAGUCAUAAUGUUAUAAAUUAUUGUUUUUAAUUUAGCAUAAAUUGGAAAAUAGCAUUGACUGGCAGUUAAAUAAUCACACUUGUGAAUAAUUACUAACAUUUUGUAUUGUAAUUCUUUUUUUAAAUAUGUAAAUCAAAUGCUGGCAUAUCUUCUGCAGGGUACCAAGAUCUAUAAAUAAAAUGCAAAAAUAAUGUU